AUGUCUUUCCAAUCCACUUCAAACAACAUCUCGCUCGACGGGUCCGUCCUCAAGGCGUCAUGCCUCCAGGAUGAUGGCUCAACGUACACCGACUCGUCUAUCGAUCUCAACGACUAUAUCGGCAUCAUCAACGGAGACUUCAACGCGACUUUCGAGCUCAAUCUCUAUGUCGUCAACAACAAUGGCUCACUUGGGUUCAAUCAGCCGACUAUCGAGAUCAACUCAAACACCUCAGUUGUCCCGUCAAGCUUCUCCAUUAAAGGCGGGAUCCUCUCCGGUCUCGCCUACGGCAUUGAUGGACACUUACACACAACGACGAUCAAUCUUGAUAAUUGGUUGGGGAAUAAAGACGGGAAAUUUAAGUACUGUGGGACGAACUGGAGUGCCACCGCAACCAAUGUGAUGGUGUAUAACGAUCAGGGAGUGGCAGUCGUGCUGAAGGCUGACCUUACCAAGGAGGACGGGACGGUCAAUCAGGGAGUGGUUUAUAGUCUGGAUAACCCAUUCAUUAAUUACAGAGGGUCGUUCGCGACGCGAAGCUGA